AUGAUGUAUAAAUAAGUUCAAUUUUAAUUAAUUGAUGAUUCAAAUUAAUAGAGUUCAUGGUGUUAAGCUAUGGUGUUCAAUAAAGAUGGAUUAAUUAUAAUUACAGCUAAUUCUAAUAUAAUUCAAAUUUUGAAUUUUGAAUAAGGAAGAUUUAAAUUAUCUAAUUCUUAUAGAAGACAUACUAAUCCUAUUUAUUGUUUGGUUUAUAGCAAAAAGACAUAUAACUUUAUUUCUGGUUGUUCUUAUUAUAAAAUUAUCUUUUGGCAAUAAAUUAAUCAAAAUGUAUGGUAAUGCUCAUAACCAUUUGAAUAAUAUAGUGGUUGUGUUAAUUGUUUAAUAUUAAAUAUAUAGGAGGAUCAACUUAUUUCAGGAGGGAAUGAUCACAAAAUAAUAGUAUAGUAAGUAGAUUUUAUAAAGAAUCAUCUGACUUAUCUGUAUUCUCUAGAUAAUCAUAGUCAUAGUGUUUUUUCACUCAGUUUUAAUUAAUCUGAAACUUUAUUGGCAUCAUGUGGCUAUCUGAAUAUAUAAUAUGGGUGA